AGAGAGAGAUCAUCUCUACAGACGGAGUGGACGAAUCAUUCAGGGCCACAAGAAGUGUAUUUUUUAUAGUAGAUCCUUGCUGUCGGAGUAUGAGUGUGAGCAUGUCUGCUGCUGUGACUCUAGGGCUGCUGAUUCUGCUGUCUGCGAGACUGAAGGAGCAGGUGUCCGAGGGCUGCAGCUGUGGUCCAGCACACCCUCAACAGAUGUUCUGCAGGUCUGAAAUAGUGAUGCGAGCUGAAGUAACUGGGGAGAACAUACACAGCAAUGAAAGUUAUCUUGUCACGGGUUCUACAUAUAUUCAGUAUGAAAUCCAAGUGAUAAAGGUGUUCAAGGGUUUUGACAGAAUAAAGAGAAUGCAGCAUGUCUACACCAAUGACGAGUCUUCAUUGUGUGGUAAACCACUGGAUCGUGGUCAGUAUCUGCUUUCAGGAACAAUCAUGUCUGAUGGAAUCAUUUUUUCAUUGUGUGACGAUGUUAGGCUUUGGGACGAUCUCUCCUUAAUAGAAAAAAAGAACAUCAAAUACAGAUUUCCGAUGGGCUGUAACUGCACGAUUUCUCUCUGCUUGGAAAAGACCUGUCAACCCAGCACAAAAGAUGAGUGUAUACUGACAAACUUGACAAACAUAUGGGAAUUAAGGUAUCGAGAACCAAUGCACGAUUCUGUCUGCAUCAGACACCGCAAUGGCACCUGUGUCUGGUAUGGAGGAACCAACAAACCUUCUGAAAAUGACACCAUGGACGCAUCUGAUGGCCAAGAGCAUGAGUGACUUCUCACUGUAAAUGAAGUUGCUUGAAACUGUCCAAGAAGACAGUUCAAAUGUAAACACAUGCAAGCUUUUUAACCUGCUAAUCUUUCUUCUAGACACACAGAACACCUUAAGGCCGUUCACACCAAGGAUGACGACGAUAAAGAUAUUAAAGAAUAGCAAAGUCCACAGCACAACUACAAUGAUAAAGACAAAACAACGAUAAAAAAAAAUAUAUAAAUUUGACAGUCAAUCAGAAUCCAUCAUUCUGUAACAAGCUCAAGAAAUGUAAAGCGGCAGACAAGCGCGUGUUUAGAAUAAACAGACAAUAUUGUUUGCUGGUGUGGAUGCUAAUAUCAAUAUCUUUAUAGUUAUCACUCUUGGUGUGAACGGGGCUUUAGCCACCAUCGGCUAACAACCGCACAGGCCCUGUCCCUAAUGAAACACUUCAUGUGCACUUGGGGUCUUACGGUCUUACAAUGUGCAUGUGUCCAUUAAGCCCACAAUACCCUGGCUGUCCCAUUUGUCAUUUUAGCAUUCAGAAGGGUGCUCGUUAUGCACCCUCGAUCUACACUUCUGCAGACAGUCAAGAGGUGUUGUUCCAUGAAAGUGUGGACUCAGAGGAAGACCGCAAGGGUUUAAGGUGCCAUUUUGGACAGGGCCACAGGACACUCUAGCUUUGUCUGGCUAAUCAGUAACCUGCAUUAUAAUUAAGCGUUGGAUUAUUAGCAUGUCAUGUUUUUACUUCAGUAUGAUGACUCUCCAUUAGGAACCAAUCAUUUGAUUUCCUAUUCAAAAAUGAAUAAAGAAGAAUGAAGUAGCUUGCUUUUUUUUGGUGGGGGAG